CUUUUUUUCUCUGCAGCCGCAGCGGCGGCGAUGCUCCGGUCUCCGCUCGGAUGAUGGCUGUGGGGCGGCUGCUCCUCCAGCCGCGGCCGUGAGAGCCGCAGCAGCACCCGCCGGGAGAGGCGGUGCGGGGGGGAAGGCAGGACCUUGCAGCCGGGCGCUUCUCCGCCAUGCACCAGGGCUGAAACCCGACCGGGCUGCCGGGCGUUUGCACUUGCCUCAGGUCGCCAAGGAGGUGGGGGAAAUCCGCAGCUCUGACCGACCAUUGCUUGGGGGGUGGGGGCAGCAUUUCCUUUGCCUUGGGUUGGGGCCGGGCUCUGCCAGAGCCCUGGCCCUUGGCGAUUAGCACCGAGCCUUCUGCGUGCAGCUAGGGACUGUGCUUAGGCUCGGCACCGGUUUCCCCCUCCGAGGUGCUCGCGUGCACCGCCGCAGCUCGGAUUAUCCCGCCCCCGCCCCCCUCGAUCUUGAACUGGCCCCGAAUUUCCUUUUGCAGCCCCGCGGCCGGGGGCUCUUUCUGGCGGGGGAGUAAGCGAGCGAGUGGAUUUCUUGCAGGGUGUGCGGGGACAGGCCGGGCUGCCUAGCCGGGGAGAGCUGGAGGCGCCACCAUGGCUUGGCCCUGCAUCACCCGGGCGUGCUGCAUCGCCCGCUUCUGGAACCAGCUGGACAAGGCAGACAUCGCGGUGCCUUUGGUCUUCACCAAAUACUCCGAGGCCACCGAGAGCCCCGCGGCCCAGGGGGGUUUGCAGCAGCAGCAGCCGCCGCAGCCCCGCCCUUCCUCUGCCAUCGAGACCCAGCCCUCCAUCCUGGGCGGCGACCUGGAUGCAGUUGCCAGGGCGACUGCGGCUGGGGGGGACCACAAGGCUGGGCCGGGGCAGCAGCCGCUGGCCGACUCGGUGAUGCGCCAGGACUACAAGCCCUGGAAGGCGCAGCGGCCGGAGCCCAGCUGCAAACCCAAGAGCGAGUACCUGCCCUCGGAAACCCCCUUUGCGAAGGAGAGCCAGUACCAGAAGGAUUUCCGGGCCUGGCCCAUCCCCAAGAGAGGGGACCACCCCUGGAUCCCCAAGCCAGCCCCGUCCCCUGGGCCAGCCCCGGACAAGGGCCCCCAGGAGAAACCUCCCAGCCUGGAGAAGAGGAGGAAGCUGCAGCCGGGGCAGGAGAAGAAGGAGGAGGAGGCAGAGCAAAGGGGAAAGGAGGAGCAGCCCAAGGCAGCCAGGGCUGAGGAAGGGCGGAAGAAGAGGGUCCAGGUGGUCGAGGAUGGGGGGCAGCAGCAGCAGCAGCCCGGGCUCUCGGCGUCCCAGGAGGCGGCCAAAGGGCGAGCAGCGGUGGAUGCCCUCAACAGGCAGAUCAGGGAGGAAUCGGCAGCCGGGGUGAGCAGCUCCUACAGAAAUGAAUUCAGACCUUGGAUAGACAUCAACAGAGUUAAGCUUAUAAAAGCUAAGUCCCAGUACAAGCCCCCGGACGAGAAAGUGAGCCACGAAACCAGUUACAGUUCUCAAUUCAAGGGGGAGCCCAACAAGCCUGUACAAGCCGAUAACAAAUUCAUCGAUCGCAGGAGGAUACGCAGCCUGUACAGUGAGCCCUUCCAAGAAUCUUCAAAGGCGGAGAAGCGUAGUGUUCAGCCUUCCAAACCAAAAAAGACAACAACGAGCCAUAAACCACUGAAAAAGGCCAAAGACAAGCAGAUCGCAUCUGGCCGGGCUGCCAAGAAAAAGAGUGCCGAGAGCUCCAGCGGGACAAAGCCAGAGGACAAGGAGAAAAGUAAAGAGAUGAACAAUAAAUUGGCUGAGGCUAAAGAAUCUCUUUCCCAAGCUACCUGCAACCAGAGUUAUGAGCUGCUGCCUAGCAUCCAUCCCGUCCUUAGGGCACCGAUCUGUCAUCUUGUCAUAGCACAUCAUUAAUUUCUGCCGCAAACUUGGCGUGACCCCAGUUUUGUUGGACGAUACGUUGUCACAGACGGGCCGUGAGAGUGCAAAGAACUUCAGAUAAGUGCCUUGCCUGGCUGAGACAACAGGAAUUUUUAACACACCGUCUAUAAAUUGAGACAAUUUUAUUUCAGGAGCUGGCUUUUAUUUCAAACCACCCUUUGUUCUGACUGUAGAUAUUUCACCUUCCUGACUCGCUUUGCCCAAUUCCACUGUACAUGAUCCAGUUGGUUUUUUUUGUGUGUGCUGGAAGAUGGGGGAUGGGAGGGAGGGAUGUUUUGUUUCUUGCGUCCUUCCUUGAGUAGGGAAUUCACAGGGAAUUAAUGCAGUCUCCCUCCCCCAUUUGAACACCCAUUGUGAAUGAGCUUUAUUUGAAAUGACUAUCACACCAUUAUUCUUAUUUCAGUUUCUCAUGAAGGAUGCCAAUGAGGGGCCUGGUGGACCUUUUCUCCUCCAGGAGGCUGCUGCAUAGCCUGCUGGGACAUUCCCAUCUCAUGGUCAUUCAGUGGCUUACAUGAAAGAAGCUGGUGGUCUCAGCUCAGCUCCUAGGGGAGAACUGUUCGCAGCACGAGUGCUGCAUGGGGGCAUGGAGACUGAAAGGCCCCCUCACCCCUAGUGUGGAUUGCUAGGGUGUCCGCUGACACAUUCCCACAAUACUGAGCAUUCUGGUACUUUGGGGAAUGGCAGAAGCCUGCCCCACCGGCACACCCUUGCCCCUGCUGGCCUGUCUUCACAAGCACAGCGUGGACGAGGUCAUGCCACACAGAGAGGACACCAUUUUGAAGUGUGCACCACUCCACCCCCCCAUCGACGUGGCCUCUUCAAAAUGGCAUCCCCAUCUGAUACUGGACAAAACCAGGUCUGGUUUUGUUUCAGUACCGGACAAGGGACAAACCACCCGAAAAGAGGACUGUCCAGUUUAAAUAUAGAUGAAUGGCCUGCCUAUGUGUUGCUGGUUGAGGCAUAUUUGCACAGGGCGAUGCAGGGGACCUUGCAUUGCUGUUCUUGUUCUAUGCCAAGAGGACUUUGACCUCCAGGGGUAUGUCUACACUGCGUCUGGGUGAAAGCCUCACAUCCCAGGUUCACAGACUCAUGCGAGCACCUUCAACAUUGCUGUGUAGACAUUGCUUUGAUGGUGCACCUUGGGCUGGAGCUCAGGCUCUGAACCUCAACCCUGGCUUCAGAGCCCCAGCACAAGCCACUGUGGCUACACAGCUAUUUUUAGCGUGUUAACAGGAGUCUGUGGACCGAGGCUGGCUCCUAGCUGCAGUGUAAACAUGCCCCAAGGCACUCAGUCCAGCGCCCUAACGUGACUAGGUCAGGUGGAGCGCUGCUGUAGGCCUGACACUCCCACUGACUCCAUUGUCCUUAGGUGUUGGGCUCACCACCUUCUUGGCUUCCCCUCCUCCCAAGUUAUGGCCAGCUCUCUCACUGUGCACCCCCCGCCUCUGCAGAAAGCCAGUUUUGUUACCAGCUCAUUCUCUGUGCCAUGACUGCUCUGUGGGGUAGGGAAGUGUCCACAGCCCCCCUGCCAAUAUGUUCUGGCAGAAAAAUCCAAUCUGCAAGUGUGGAGGUCAGAUAAACCCUGGACACAUGAGUGAGAUUGUCCCGAGCUGAGCAGCUCCCAGUCCAGGCUCUAGGCUGAGCUGACAUAUAGCCUCUUGCAGGGAAAGUCACGCUCACAGGCUGCAAACCAGGAUUGCACUAGAUUCAAUCAGAUGGGCAGACACUACUGUACCUACACUCACAUAGGCAGAGUGCUGGCCACAAAAUCCGUCCUGCCUUUUAAGCCCCAACUCUCAUAGGUCUGUACAUAUGGCCAGAGCCUGUGUAUAAAUCUCAUUGAAAAGAGCAACGCGGUUCCCAGAUAUUUUAAAUGGCCACCGCCAUGUGACGGCAGCCAUUUUAAAUCUGGCCAGGAUUCCGCCUGCAUCUCCGUUCUGCCUCUGUGACCUCAAAGAGCCCUUCCCACCUACUGCCUCUCUCCCUUCCUAUGCGCCUCACCUGCCCCAGAAAUCCCCUUUCCAUUUCCUUACUGAUCAACAUGGAGCACAUCCAUUGCCCUUCCUGACCCCGUAGAUCCUUUCCUUCCAGCUCUCACCUGCUGUACGCCAACCCCGCAGACCUCCUCCUUUCCCCGCCCUGAGCCAAUCUGCCUCCUGCCCUGAUCUCCCUCAGCUUGUUCCCCCACCAUCCUUCCUGAUUCCAGGAUCCCCUACCUGCACUGACCCCAGGCAUGUAGCACCUCCUACUGUGGUCCCCAUGGACUGUCCGCCUCGGCACAUGGGCCCAGAGUCUGAGCUGGUUAAAUCGGCAAUGAUGCCAAUGGAACUACACCAAUUUCCACCAGCUGAGGAGCUAGCCCCGUGGAGUGCUAAUUAAUACCAAUGCUCAACAUCUGGGUCCCCACCCCCCAACAGGAUCUGUCAUCAUGGGCGACAGGUAUAAUAGGCCAGGGAGGCUAAACCUCCCCUGGCACAGCCACCUCUGACCCGCUGCUAGAUGCUUGGCCCAUGGUGGCCCUGCCUGCGCUCUGCGUCUUCCCCUCCCUGCUCUGCCCUUCCCCGAGGCCCCCACCACGCACCGCUACCGCUGAUCGCUGCAUCCCUCCUCUCCUCCACCCCGUCCCCUGUGGGAACUGGGGGGUGAGGAGUGACACAGCGAAUGGUGAGUGUGUGUGUGGAAGGGUGAG